AUGGAAAAUUUCAAGUCUAAUAUUUCUUUAGUAAACUGUGUUCCUGGUAACUGUACACGUAUAAUGGAUACAGACAGUUAUUUUGAGCUUAAUUGCACUAAUUUUGAUGAUAAACUGAUGAAAGAUGUACGAAAUCAAUUGGAAAAAGAUGGAUACGUCAAAGUGAAAUGUGAACAGAUUCCAAACAAUGACUGUGACAAAGCAGCCCUGGAUAUAAUUAAACGAAUUGGUGGUGUUUGCUGUCCGUACAGUGAUGAAGAAAAUUCUUUUAUAUGGCCUGUAAAAGUUUUAGAAAUGGAUGCACCUGAAUCAGAACUGCAAGCUUCUCAAUUAGAUCGAGAACUUGUUUUUCAUACAGAUUGUUCAUAUGAACAAGAUGCACCAAAAUUUGUUGCACUUUACAUUGUUCAAUAUGACCGCAGCGAAGAUGGCGGUAAAUUUCAAAUGGUUAAAACUACUGACAUUCUUAAUAAAUUAUCGGAUAAAAGUAAACAUUUAUUGAGAUUUGAAACAUAUCAAAUAAAUGUACCGCCUGAUUUUCGAAAAGGUGAUACUGAUUAUAUUUGUGGAUCAAUUAUUUUGGGUGAUGAUCUUCUACGUUAUCGAUGGGACAUUAUUGAUCAGAACCGAUUAAUCAAUGAAACAGCUGAAAAACAAGACGCCAUUAAGGAGCUAAAUUCGAUUAUUUUGGCUGAGGAUAAAUUGAAUGUGUUUCGUCCACUACUUAAUAACAAUAUGAUGGUACUGUUCGAUAAUACAAAAUUUGUUCACGGUAGAACAAAGAUCAAAGAUUCAGAACGAUAUUUGUUGCGAAUAAGAUUCAAUUUGGUUUAUUAA